AUGAACGAAGAGUUUUCCGAGGAGUUGUCUCCCAGAGCGGAGAUUUUCCGGUCUAAAUUAAUCGAGGAUUUCCAACUACUUGAUAUGAUGUUGGACAAGGGAGGCCAUGACCAACCAAAACAUUACUCCAAUGAAAUUCUUGAUGACAAAGUUAUGGGUUCAUUGCUGAAGGAUAACCCACAAGGCCUUAUAAAGUUUCAGUUAUAUACCAAAAAAGAUGAGCAAAGAUUUCACGAUCGCAGACUAAACCGAGUGAAAAACAAAAACAGCAUACCACUUGGACCAUGGGCACACACGGUCGUUGUCAACCCGAAAGUACAGAAUUUCAUCAUGAUAUUGAUAAUUGCUAACUCAGUAAUUUUAGGCAUCCAAGCAGAAAUAUCCCAAAUCAAGGACCAAUCUUUAGACAACCUCAAAGUCACAUUAAAUGUGUUGGAUUACUGCGUUCUCACUGUCUUCGUGCUCGAGAUUCUUGUCAAGUGGAUUGAUGGGUUCUGGAGCUUCUGGAAAAAUGGAUGGAAUAUCUUUGACUUUCUUGUCACAAUAAUGUCUGUUGUUCCAGAAGUCAUGAAAAUUUCUUCAGGCCCUACUUCAACUGAUCGGGAAGUGGCAGUCAUCGCAGAAAACCUAAGGGUUUUUAGAAUACUCAGAUCCUUAAAAAUGGUUUCACGGUUUGCGCAGCUCAGGAUCAUCGUGUUAACUAUCCUUAAAGCUUUCAAGUCUAUGGCUUUCAUCAUGAUUUUGCUGAUAACAUUCAUGUACAUCUUUGCCGUGGCUGGUACCGUCAUAUUUGAUACAUAUACCAAGUCGAACCGAACGGAUCUCAAGUACAAAAACAGUUUUAGCACACUUGGAAAUGCCUUGAUCACGCUUUUCCAGCUCUUUACCCUCGACCAUUGGUAUGAAAUACUGAAUGACCUUGUGAAGGUAGCUGAUGACAUCACAACCAAGAUUUAUGUAAUCCUUUGGAUUUGUAUCGGUGCUUUUAUCUUCAAAAAUAUCUUUGCANNNNAAAUAGUUAUGAACUUUCAAAAUAUCCGAGACGAUUUCAACAAGCAGAUCAAAGAACAGACUCAAGCGAUAGAAGCCGAACAGAUGAGACAGCACUUGACAGAGGAACUUGAAAGACAAGACAAGCUUCACGCAAGAUCAAGGCGAUCCAGUAGUGUUGGAUACAGUCUUUAUCAAGAGGACAUGCCUAGGCCGGAAAUCAUGCCAACUUUAGCUGAAAUGUCAGACUCUGAAAAAUCUGAUACAGAAGAGGGUCCACYGGAGGAUGCUACAACCACAAUGAAGGAUACACCAGAUAAAGAGGAUCCUUUUGCAGCACUAGGCAGCAAACUGGCAAAACUGAGGUACUUCCAGCUAAUGGAGGAGGCACUUCAAGAAAAUACAGCUGAGAGACAACAAUUGAUGAAGUUAGCAGUUGAAGCCCUUGUGAAACUACAAGAUUCCCAACUUUAAGAGGUUCAACUGGUAAUAUUUAACUACUUUUCUCUGCAAGGUUUCCUCUUUUUCUUUUGUUGUAGAAAUUUUGUGGAAGGAAAAGUGGAAACUCUUACGACAAAUGGAUAUCCAGUUUACAUAUUGUGUAUUGAUCCUUUGCAUCCAUAAUGCAACAWGCAACUUACAGUAUUUAUAAGCCCCGUUUACACUUGCGAUUUUUUGCUGCA